AAUAAAAAUGUAGAAGCAACCGGGGGAAAAAAGAGCCUAUUCUGCACCUCCAAUCACUACAGGUCGGAGAUCGAAAACGUUUCAAUGCCCUGGAGGUGCCCAAUGUCAAGUAAUCACAGAAUAUAACGCAUGCUGAUAUUGUGCAGGAACCCACCGUUUCUUCGUCUACUUCUCAUCUACCUGCUCCUCCAGAAGUGACUAUUGGUACCGUCGAUUCCUCCCAGGGGUCCCUUCCCCCGCAACACGGUCUGCUGACAAACCUCCACUGUUCCCCUCCUCUCUGCUGUCCCUCUCCCCUCUCGCCACGGUCCUAGCCCCCAUCCUAGGCGACAUGUCCAUCACCCUGAAGCAGGUCUUCAACAAGGACAAGACCUUCCGGCCCAAGCGUAAGUUUGAGCCGGGGACGCAGCGUUUCGAGCUGCAUAAGAAGGCCCAGGCAUCGCUAAGCUCCGGAGUUGACCUGAGGGCGGCGGUUGCUCUGCCCCACGGGGAGGAUCUGAACGACUGGGUGGCAGUACACGUGGUGGACUUCUUCAACCGAAUCAACCUCAUCUACGGGACGGUGUGUGAGUUCUGCACGGAGAAGAGUUGUCCGGUCAUGUCCGGAGGUCCUAGGUAUGAGUACCGAUGGCAGGACGAUCACAAGUACAAGAAACCAACGGCUCUACCGGCUCCCAAGUACAUGAACUUGCUGAUGGACUGGAUAGAGGUCCAGAUCAACAAUGAGGAUAUCUUCCCCACCAGCAUGGGUAUCCCCUUCCCCAAGAACUUCACCCAGAUCUGUAAGAAGAUAAUCUGCCGUCUGUUCCGGGUGUUUGUCCACGUCUACAUCCACCAUUUUGACCGUAUGAUCCUGAUGGGAGCUGAGGCCCAUGUUAACACCUGCUAUAAGCACUUCUACUACUUCAGCACAGAGCUCAACCUCAUAGACCGCAAGGAGCUGGAGCCACUGAAAGAGAUGACUUCUGGGAUGUGUCACUGAGGAGUAGCAGAACUACUGGAGCAGCUGAGGGACUGUCUGGGACGCCCUGCUGGCUCGGCAGGAGGUUACCAUGGAGAUACGGAGGGGUACACAGUUGACUCUGAAGCUUGAUGACAUCAUCAGUGUGAUUCAACUAGCUCGAUGUCAUCACUGUGUCAUUCUGAUAGCAAGAGAAGAGCCUGUUACCUGCAGAUAUACCUGGCUGACUGGCUGACUGGCUGGCUGACUGGCUGACUGGCUGACUGACUGACUGACUGGCUGGCUGGCUGGCUGGCUGGAUAUAUGGAUGGAUGAAUAAAUGAACGAAUGAAUGAAUAAUGAAUGGAUGAUUGAAUGAAUGGAUGAUGGAUAGAUGGUUGGCUGGAUGGAUGAUGGAUAGAUGGUUGGCUGGAUGGAUGGAGGGAGGGAUAUAUGGAUGGAUGAUGAAUAGAUAAUGGAUAGAUGGCUGGAUAAUGGAUGGAUGAUGGAUGAUGGAUGAACACUGUAGCAAAGACAUUCUACUAUUUCUACUGUAGUUAGAAAGGACCUCCCUCUCUAACACCACAUCACUGAGGAGGACCUCCCUCUCUAACACCACAUCACUGAGGAGGACCUCCCUCUAACACCACGUCACUGAGGAGGACCUCCCUC